CCUCGAACCGUUGUGACGUGAACGUACGUGUGUCGAGUAUUGAUUAUUCUUUAGCAUCGAAAACCGGUCGAGGAAAUGCCGCGACCGUCGCGCGAGUCGUACGGGGAUCAGAAGCCACCAUACUCCUACAUCUCCCUCACCGCCAUGGCGAUUUGGAGCUCGCCCGAACGGAUGCUGCCGCUGUCAGAGAUAUAUCGCUUUAUCAUGGAUCGGUUCCCGUAUUAUCGACGAAACACUCAGCGCUGGCAGAACUCCCUGCGACACAACCUCUCGUUCAACGAUUGUUUCGUGAAAGUGCCCCGGCGGCCGGACCGGCCCGGCAAGGGCGCCUACUGGACGCUGCACCCGCAGGCCUUCGACAUGUUCGAGAAUGGCUCGCUGCUUCGGCGCAGAAAGAGGUUUAAGCUGCAAAAGGGGGAGAAAGACAACUUGAAUGCUGAACUGGCGGCUCUCGCGAGUUUCAACAGAGCCUUUCUUGCUCGUCAAGCUGGAGCCCAACCUCCUCCGCCACCGCUGCCGACCGCGACGCUGUACACGCCAACGAUGUGUCCGCAGCUGAGCCCGGAGCCGGCGGAAUUACCCGAGAUGACGUCAGCGACAGUGCUGCCCCGGGAGCGGCCGCGGCGGGCGUUCACGAUCGAGGCGCUCCUGGAGCCGGAGCCGCCGCGGGCGUCGCCGUCGCCGCCGCAGAUUAUGAUGCCGGCGGUGCAGGCGAUGCCGCGGCUGGAGUUCGUGCCGUCGCCGUACGUGCUGGCGGCGCAGCGCUACCAGGCGGAGCUGCUGCAGGCGGCGGCGCACGCGCUGCGUCCGUGCUACCUGCCGCCGCCGCCGCUGCCAGUCGCGUGACACCCGCGCUCCGUUGGAACCUGCUCCAAUAUCUCGUGCAAUGCUAGGCUGUAAGUACAGAAUUCAAAGACUUUUGUAGACUAUCGAUAAAUGUAAAUAAAAUAAAUUAUAUACGAAGUAGAAAAUUAUAUAACAAGUGUUAAACCUCAAAGAUCGAACCAUUUCUACGAGUAUUCGGUGUUCAACAUGAUAUUAAGAAGCAUUUAGCGACGGCAAAUUUGAAGCUGUGAAAUGUUACAACAAUAACUAGGUACGUUCGCCAAGCUAUUAAUACUAAUUUUAGUGAUCUCAUGUGUAUGUCUGAUCGUGUUUGUAGAAUAUGUUAUCAUUAUAAUAUUUAUUAAUGUACUAAAUGUGUCUAUCGAAAACUGUGUAAUAACUGUGAAUGUAGGGCAAACAGUAAACACUUCUCAUCCUUUGAUGAAAACUGUUAAUUAUUUAUUUCUUGUUGCUUUUGUAUA